UAAUUUUAGCAUGCUCGGCCUGUUUCCCGUUAUGCGAUUUUACUACAAAAACUGAAGAAGCAGAGAGAAUGGAGGCUUUAUUACGUGCGGAGUUGGACGAUGAAGAGUUGAAGUGUUUGGGCAUGGGGGGAUCAGGGUGUAUUAGCGAGGGGCUGACAUACCAGACAGGGACGGGACAGAAAAUAUUUGUCAAAAUCAACAACAAAUCAGAGGCUGGACGAAUGUUUGAUGGGGAAUAUAAAAGUUUGGAAUACUUGUAUGCAGCAGGAGUUAUUCAGGUUCCAAAACCAAUUAAGGUCAUAGACCUACCAGAAGGAGGCUCUGCAUUGAUAAUGGAACAUGUUGAAAUUAACAGUUUGUCCUCUCAGGCUGGGAAGUUAGGGGAAUUAAUGGCCAGGUUACACAUGCUAAACUCAGAGCUGCUGGAGAAAUCAAAGAACCUGGAGAAAUUUGUGGGUAAAGCAGGCCAGCUGUCUCCCGUCACACAGUUUGGGUUCGACGUAAACACGUGCUGUGGAUACAUACCACAGGACAAUACCUGGCAAAAGAACUGGGUGGAUUUUUAUUCAAGAAAGUUAAAACAGCAACUUGAUAUGGUGGAGAAAGACUAUCAUGACAGAGAAGCUCAAGAGUUAUGGUCAGAGCUCCAACCGAAGAUUCCUACAUUUUUUGACAAAAUGGAAAACAUCCAGCCAGCACUUAUGCAUGGGGAUUUAUGGGGCGGAAAUGUUGGUGAAAAUAAAAAUGGCCCAGGUAGGAUACUCACUGCAGAUUACAGCUUAUCUCCAGUUAAUGAAAUUGUGACACCUUUUUCAAGAUGAUUUUUUUUGCUUCAG